CUUUGGUUUGAGUGCACGUGGAUGUAACCAUGUGGUUCUGGUGUUGUUAAGUUUGCAGUAGCAAAGUAAAGAUUGUGGAUAUAUAUAUUUAUAUGUAAAUAAUUUAAAGGAACGAUUUAAGUUUAUAUAAAUAAGAACGGUGAAAUAAAACACCAUGUCUUCUUUAUUUAUCAAGAAGAAAGGAAAUACCAAACCUGACAAAAAAGCAGAAAGUGGUGCAGGAACAAAACGGAAGGCUUCUGCAAAUGGAGAAGGAAAAGGACGCACCAAGAAAAUGACUGCCAGACAUAAUGAAGAGAUCUCCAGUGACUCUGAACCUGAAAGCCCUGCAGUGGAAAAGAAAGUGACUUUCCAAGAAGAUGAAGAGAUUGAGGAGACUGCCCAAGAAAAGAAAUUGCGGUUAGCUAAACUCUACCUUGAACAGCUGAGAGAAGAGGAAGAGGAAAAGGCAGAAGAGGAAGACUUUGAAAAAGAUCUAAUUGCCGGCAGACUCCAGGAAGACGUUCUGGAACAGAGAGGAAAACUCCAGCGAUUUGUUGCCAAAGACUAUCAGCCUCCUGAUAUUGCCGAUAUCCGUUUGCUGAGGGGCCACCAGCUGCCUAUUACCUGUCUUGUCAUCUCCCCUGACGAUAAGCAAGUUUUUUCAGCUGCUAAAGAUUGCUCAAUUAUUAAAUGGGAGGUGGAGAGUGGAAAGAAGCUUCACACAAUUCCUGGAGGGAGGAAGGGGACAGAGGACAGACAUGUUGGGCACACGGCACACAUCCUCUGUAUGGCAAUAUCCUCUGAUGGCAAAUACCUGGCUACAGGUGACAGAAACAAGUUAAUAAUGAUCUGGGAAGCAGCACCUUGUAAACAUCUGUACACGUUCACAGGCCACAGAGACGCAGUGUCGGGCCUAUCGUUCAGGAAAGGUACGCACCAGUUAUACAGUGCCUCACAUGACCGCUCUAUCAAAGUGUGGAAUGUGGACGAAAAUGCCUACGUGGAAACACUAUUUGGCCACCAAGACGUGAUCACGGGUCUGGACAGUCUGAGCAGAGAGCGCUGUGUGACGACGGGGGGUCGCGAUCGGACCGUCAGGGUCUGGAAGAUUGCAGAGGAGUCCCAACUAGUUUUUAAUGGCCACGAGGGAUCUAUUGACUGUAUCCAAUUAAUAAAUGAAGAACAUAUGGUAACCGGAGCAGACGAUGGGUCCAUUGCUGUGUGGAGUGUUGGCAAGAAGAAACCUCUGGUCACAGUGAAGCAGGCCCACGGUUGCCAUGGGGAUGGAGGCCUGGAGCAGCCAUAUUGGAUCUCUUCAGUGGCAGCACUUCAGAAUAGUGAUACUGUAGCUUCAGGUUCCAACGAUUCAAAGGUUCAGCUAUGGAAAUGUGGAGAAGGUUUUCGCAAUUUACAACCUCUCUUCAGUAUUCCCCUGACUGGUUUUGUGAACAGCCUAAAAUUCUCAAACUCAGGAAAUUUUCUUGUAGCAGGGGUCGGGCAAGAGCACAGGUUAGGCAGAUGGUGGAGAAUAAAAGAAGCCAAGAAUGGACUUUAUAUCAUUCCCCUAAAGAAACAAAACUCGGAACAAGACCUAACAAGUGGCAAAUAAUUUAGCUGGAUGGAUACCUCACCUGUUUGAAAUUAAAGAAAUAGUCCAUACCAACAGACAUGCACCCUACCAUAAUGUCUCUUAUUUUAUAAGAUUUUAAAGUGGGUGGUGGUGGUGUUCAGUUAUUAAAAAGACAGUGAUAUCUGAAAGCUUAUAUAUAUUUCUCUCCUUUUAUUAAAAAAAAAAUGGUAAUAGUAAAUAUACAGGUUAUAUGCUGAAUUCAAUAAUAUCUCAAACAACUACAAUAAUUCUCAUGAACUGCAUACCAUUUACUAUGAACCUCCAGAUUCAUACAGGCAAGUUGAAAAUUGUCUGCUCCCUCUCUCACCAUGGUCUGCCUUUGAUGCUUUACAAUAGCCCUUUGAAGCCAUCUUCCCUUGAAUUGAAGCUUCAGCCAAGUAUCUAAAGGUUAUGCUGCAUUGUCAGCUGUGCCUGCACGACAGCUUCUCGGCAAACACUGCAGCCUUUUCUAGAACUGAAACAUUUUAUUUGAGUAUUCUCAAAAGGCUUAGCGUGCAAUACACAGUAGUAAAGUCUGUACUGUUAAUGUCGGAGUGGUUACAUAAACGCAUUGGUGAAAACAUGUUGCGGGUUUCAAUCCCACAAUUGUCGGUCUGACUUGUGUCCAUCUUUCAGAUACACCAGUAGCUUUUUUGGGGUGUGAUUUAUGUAUGCUCUGACCCUUUAGCUAUGGUUAAGAGCUUUUUGAAGGGAGUUUGGCUUAGUCCAGCUCCACUAAGGUAUAAAUGGCAAUUACUUUUUCUCCCUGAAGGUUAAACAUUUGCUGGUAAAGAACUAUUGUGUCAUCAUUCUUCCAAUAAACAGUUAAAUCAA